AUGAAAAUAUUGAUACUUUUCUCGUUGUUCUUCUUGGUUUCCGCAAGUUCUGAUGCACGAAAAGCAGCCGAAAGAUUCAUAAUCUCAUAUACCAAACACGCGAUGUUGCGAGAUUCUGAUAUUGUCCAUGAUGAGUUUCAAGAAUAUUUUCCCAAUGGAACAAUCAGAUAUAAUAAAGGUUCCUAUUUUAAUUUUUAGCAAUUUCAAAUCAUGUAUUUUGUUUUCAGAUGACUUAAUACGAUUGAUCAACUUCAUGAGUUCAGAUGAAACUGAAAAAUUUACAGCAGAUUACAAAGGAUUUUCUAACAAGUCGAAAUCAGAAUGGGAUAUUUAUUGGGAGACUUGCAUCGCAAAAUUCAGACCUAACGGGCUCCUGGAAAUCAAAUUUUAUGAGAACAACAGACUCGCAAAAACUUGGCUUGCAAAAUGUGAUGAAUACAUAGAAGGAGGCUAUAAGCUUUAUCGUAUUUCUUAUCAAUAA